GUCUGAGUGACUGGCGGGUAAGACAGACAACUCCACUCCCUGGACUGCUGGAAGGACUUCAGAGCUUCAGCUUGCAUUUUCUCUGCUCCGUGCACUUGCUAGGAGAAAAAUUUCUUUCCAGCAUGCCUGAUAGGAAGGCCUUAAAUCAUGAACUUUCUAAACUUUUCAAUGAGAUGUGGGAUAUGGAUGUUAACCGCUUUAUGCCUGGGAAAGACUAUACAAUUGAAGUGCAGGGAAAAGCAGGUGCCCUACAGCAAGGAGACAGUGCUAUCCAGGACAGCGCAGCCAGACAUCUGUUUCACAAUGUAAACCAAGAUCACCUGAAGAGCAUAAAAACAUUCUCAACCUUUAUUUCCUUAUUGGACAACUAUGAGACAUCAACCGGAGUAGAAGAAGUAGUGACUCCAGAAGAAAUAGCUGAAAACAAUGGUUUUCUUGAUGCUAUUUUAAUGACUGGAGUAAUGAAACUAGCUCAUGAAUAUCUGCUUAAAAAAAAAAAGGCAAAGCCAAACCUUGCUGAUUGCAAGUAUCAGCUCUAUGACAUCUGGUUCCAGCUCUAUGCCAGGAAAGAAGGAGACAGACCCGAUUCUUGUGGUUUUGACGUUUUUGUUGGAGAAACAAAGCGUGGUAAACAGAUCUUAGGUUUGCACAACUGGGUGCAAUUUUACCUUCAGGAGAAGCAUAACCAAAUUGACUACAAGGGAUAUAUCGCUCGGAAGAACAAAACCAGGCCUGACAAAGAUGACCAAGUUUUGAGCAUCCAAUUCAGCUGGAAGGGCUCAGUCAAGCCAAUUGGAAGCACCUUUAUUGGUGUCAGCCCUGAGUUUGAAUUUGCCCUUUACACUGUCAUUUUUCUGCUGUCUGAAGAAAGAGUCACACGUGAAACAGUGAAGAUAGAAGAAUACGAGCUACAGAUUGUUGUUUAUCGCCAUGGGCACUACAUUGGAACAGCAUAUCCAGUGCUCUGCAGCACCAGUAGUGAAGACUAGUAGUUACAGUGAUCAGGCAGCAUUUACCUUUGUUUUGUUUUGUUUUGUUUAUUUGAUGGAGGGGAGGGAGUAAAUUGAUGAGUUGUCUCAUACAAUUAAUUUCCAAUACAAGUUUUUGAGUUGUUCACUUUUGGUCUGCAAUAAAGUGUUUAAUCAACA